GUUCCUAUAUUUCACUGGGCGCCUACACAUCCUUCUGUAUGCCCCCGCCACUCCCUCUGUCUGCCGUCAGCUGUCAGUCAGGAGAUUGCUAAGGGCAGUGGGGCAGAAACAGUAAAUAUUUGGUGUGCAAGCAGUAGUGGAUAGUGGAUAACUGAGGGAGAAGGGAGUGACGGAGAAAAGAAGAAAAACCUAAUGGAGAAAGAUUAAGUGAGUGAGGGAGUGAGUUGUGUUUACGUUUCUGUGCGUGUUUACGCGCAGUAAAAACGGCGCACGAGAGUGAAAUACUAUUGGCUUUAAGUGCGGAUUUCCAAGUUUAGCACCAAAAAAAGCUUGGGAAAACAACACUGCGGCGAACAUGGAUGAACUGAGGCACCAAUUAAUGAUAAGCCAGUUCGUUCUGGCCGCUGGUUGCGCUGGAGACCAGGCAAAGCAGCUUCUACAGGCGGCACACUGGCAGUUUGAGACUGCGCUCAGUUCAUUUUUCCAGGAAACCAGUAUCCCGUACAGUCACCACCAUCAAAUGAUGUGCACUCCAUCCAACACGCCAGCGACACCCCCAAACUUCCCCGAUGCCCUCGCCAUGUUCUCCCGCCUCAAGGCCUCAGAGAAUUUCCACGGCAACAGCCCCGUGGCCCCGCCGGCCACCUCACCUCCCCCUCAGGACAGCUGGGCCCUGGGCCCUCUUACCCCUCAACACCCCCCUCUGUCACAGGCGCCCCCUCCUGGCUGGCCUGCUGCCGCCGCCCAGCAGGCCUCUGAAGAGCAGGCAGGCGUUGCCAUGGAGGCGGAGAGAUGAGGUGUCUAUGGCGACAACUGGACCAAGCACUGAUGGACAUGGUUGGGGGGGCAGGGUGAAGAGCAACAGACUGAAACAUAAUGCAAAAUGCAGCACUCAAAGAUGCCAGUGCACUGAAGUACAAAUUGAUAAGAAAAUAUUGAUAUCCCUAAUUUAAAAUUAUUUUAAAAUAAGGCAUGUUUAACAUAAGAGGCAAGAUGGAGACACUUCCCCACCUACCAGCCAAUGAAAAGCCACUUCCUUCAGCAGUCACCUGACUUUUAUGAGUCAGUCUGGGCAGACCAUAGACCAUGCUGAAUCAAACAGGUUCUAUCAUUUCCUGCACAGGUUCAAAGUUCAAUAGCCAUUCAAUUUCCUGAAAGGAGCAAGGGUUAGUAAUUUAUAUUUCUUUAUGGGUUUUCAUUUCAAAGGUUUUUUGUGCAUUACACAUGCCAACAUUUUAGGUGAAGGUUUGAAUAAGGUUCCUCACAUUCAUGCUGAGGUCGCCUGGGCCUCAACAGGAAGUGCUCAACAGGAAGUUCUGGACUGACAGCACCCCAGUGUGCAAUUAAAGAAAUAAUAAGGCGUGUAAAACUCAAUAUGGGAAAUAACAAUCAACAGGGUCAUCUUUUUGUUGUUACAGUAGAGAGCGGGUUUUGUUUUGAUGACUGCAUUGUUUUGGAAAUGUUUCUCUCCUUAUCCCAGCUCCAGAGGGUUCUGUUAUGGUUCUUUUUAUCAGUUGAUUCUUUUCCUUCCUUUAUAAAUAUUGAUACUAUUUCCACAAUAUUUGUGGAUUAAGUGAUUAUUAUUGUAUUGUUUUGUGUUUUAAUAAAAUACUGGAAAUCUGA